UUGACGAAAUUAUUAUGAUCUACGAAAAUGCUGAUCAUAAUAAAGUUAUGUGCCGAUCCUUAGUUGAUCGUGUGGAUGCUGCGUAUACAUCCAUAAGAAGCUUGUUAAGAAGACAAGAAGAAAAUGAAGAAAAGUUUCGGGACCAAAGUUUUUAUGAUGCUUUUUAUAGAUUUGUAACUAUUUUGGAACUUAUCAAGGGUUUUAUUCAUGAUAUUUCAAAAAUUUCAAGAUUACGAAAGUUUUUAGAUGCCAAAGCAAUUAAUGAUAAAUUUGAUAGUAUUAUUUUAGAUCUGGACCAGGGAAUACAAGAUUUAAAUCUUUCAAUUGCUAUUUAUAAUUUUGAAGAAUUAGACUCUAUUAAAAAAAGCGUUCUACAUGUUCGCAAUGAAAAUGCACUUAUAAUAGAUCAAGUUAGAGCAAUGGCAUCAACUCUAGAGGAAAUUGAAAAAUAUGUAACUAAAGAUAGCGUUCCGCCGAAUAUUACUGAUAUUUUCAAAGCUCCUGAGAUAGACUCUAGAUCACUUCAGGAACCACCUAAUAAUAAAGAUAAUGAUUUACGUGGAAGUGAUUCAUAUGGAAAUGGAAAAGUUUCGAGAAAAUUUUAUCAAGGCG